AUGACUGAUGUACCAGAGAUCCUCGCCGCCAUCGGAUUGCUCCUCGACAUCGACUCCCUCCUCGCCUGCAUCACCGUCUGCCGUCAAUGGAGCGCGGUCUUCUCCCCUUGUAUCUGGCACAACUUUGACAUCACCCGCAAGCUCUGGCGUCACGUCCUCGACCCCCCGGGUAUCUCCAAACCCGGCGAGGCGGACAACUAUAUCGAACGACAGGAACGACUCACGGCUUUAAUGAAGAAGCACAACCAGCAUAUCCGCCACUUGACGGUCAAGGAUAAGAUGGUCCUUAUUGCUGCACUCGAGGCGCCCCUGACUGGACUUCAUUCGUUGACGCUCGAGUUGGAGAUCUGGGAACUGGAUGCGGAUGAUGAGGAGAGUGAUGUUAAUAAGAGUAAUACUUGGAUCUCGAUGAUGUUGGCGGCGAUUGCGGAGACGAGCCCGUUGGAGUGUUUGGUGCCGGAGUCGGCGUUUGCGGAGGAUACGGAGGGGAAUCGGGCGACACUAGAUUGGACUAGGGCAUGUUGGUUGGUGGUGGUUAUGAACUCUGCCUUGCGUCGACUCACAUAUGGCGGUUAUAGCAGUCUUCGCUACGUCAACUCCCUCGCGACCCAAUCUCCGGUGGAAGAUGGGACAGAGGGCGGAUCCCCGGCUGCGAGGGUGAUGGAGGAUUCAAAAAUACCGGUUCUUACGUCCGUGAGCGAGUCGUUUCUGGUCGACAUACUAUCAAGACUGUCGAGGCUGAGACAUUUAGAACUCGGGAUGAACGCCGACAGCUUUAUCUUCCAAAACCUCGCCACACUUUUACCUAACCUGGAUUCGUUCGUUCAUGUGGACCGCGCGUUCAUCCACGCAGGAGCGGUUCAGCUGGCUUCUCCGCAUCAGGCACUUCGGAUUCUGGACUUUCAGCAGGUGUCGAUGACAGCCAGCCAACUCCGGGCCAUAGUCGUCGCCUUUCCGGUCUUGCAUCGCUUAGCAAUCACCCAAGCUCGAAGCAGAAUCUACGACGUCAACUACGACAAGUACAACAUCCUCACCAGCUCCACCUCCUUCCAAGCAGAGGAUGUUCUUGAGCACUCUUCUCUGACAAGUCUCUCCAUUCGACACCAACCCCACAUCAACUUUCUGCGCUCUCGAACCAGGUUCCCCAGGAUUACAGGAAUUGACCGAUCUGUGCCUAUCAAGAACGCCUAUGAACUACGACAGCUUCUGUGGGCUUUUCCUGCGUUGGAGAGUUUCGACUCUGAGUACGAGCUUGGCGAACGAGUCCCCCUCAGAGCAGAUGAGAUCGUUCAUGAGGACAGAGAGUACCAUAUCCGCAGCCUGAACAUCAACACCAGUUCCUUCUCAACCUGUGACCUCGACUCUUGUAUCGCCCAGAUGCCGUUCCUUGUGCUGUUGGAGAUCAGUGGAGGGUUCCUUGACGGGCGCAUGUUGACCGAGUUGGCAAGGACGUGCGUGUACCUAGUGUAUGCGCGGUUCGAUCUGCAGGAAGAGUGCUCACAAGAACUGAACGCGCUUUUUGUGGGAUGCUCCGAGUUGAGGGAAUGUCUUGGCAAAGGGCACAUGAUUUUGGCGGAGGAUAUUAUGAAUGGGCCCGAAUGGACUUGCUCCGGGCUCGAUAAGUUGGAUAUGAAGGUUGGUGGUGUUCCUCGGUUAAGUGUGGAACAGAUGUAUGUGUUGGACAAGAUGGCUGAGAGGCCCCCGGAGACUGAUGUGGAGCGAGAAGUUGUGUAG